AACCCUCCCAAUAGAGUUUAGAAAAUAAAGAAAUCAGAAAUUGUAAACGUUCUCAGAUCCGACUCAUGACUCUAAUCGAGAAAGAACAAUGGCUUCAACAUUCAGUGGCGAUGAAACUGCUCCUUUCUUCGGUUUCCUGGGUGCUGCUGCUGCCCUCGUUUUCUCAUGCAUGGGAGCCGCUUAUGGGACCGCGAAAAGUGGGGUUGGUGUGGCGUCGAUGGGUAUGAUGAGGCCAGAACUGGUGAUGAAGUCGAUCGUUCCCGUGGUUAUGGCUGGUGUUCUCGGUAUUUAUGGCUUGAUUAAUGCUGUUAUCAUUAGUACCGGAAUUAACCCAAACGCUAAAUCCUAUUACCUUUUCGACGGAUAUGCUCAUCUCUCUUCUGGCCUCGCUUGCGGAAUUGCUGGUCUUUCCGCUGGUAUGGCUAUUGGGAUCGUGGGCGAUGCUGGCGUUAGAGCUAAUGCACAACAGCCAAAGCUCUUUGUUGGGAUGAUCCUCAUUCUUAUCUUUGCUGAGGCAUUGGCACUAUAUGGCUUGAUUGUUGGCAUUAUUCUCUCUUCCAGACCUGGUCAGUCACGAGCGGAGUGAUAAAGGCAUAAUCAGUGACUCAUAUGGUUCCUUGUAGAGUUGUUCAAUACAUUCUUCUUUCUUUUGGAUGAUUAUUUAUGUUUGU